UUGAGCCAUUGCACUCCAGCCUGGGCAACAGAGCUAGACUCUAUCGCAAAAAAAGAAAAAAAAUUCCACAGAACUAAAGGGCUUAAGGCAAAAUUAAAGUCUCUCUUUCCAGCUUCUUGUCCUUUUCCCCAGAGAUAGCAGUGAUAGUAAUGUUCUGUUUCUUUAUGUGUCUUUACAGAAAGUCUUGACACAAAAUAUACAUAUCCAUGAUUUAUUUAACCAGUCCCCUGUUGCUAUACGGUUUAAGUUCCAGGAUGAUUUUUUUCAUGUUGGUUUUGCUUUGUCAUACUGUAUCGCAAACUUGUGUACACUUUUCUCUAUAACCGUAUUUGGAUAAAUUUCUAAAAGCAAAACUGUUGGGUCAAAGGGCAUAUGUCUUUUAAAUGAGAAUAGAGAUGAACAUAUUGUUCUCCCAAAGGCUGCACCACUUUGCAGGAUAAAUCUUUUAUUUUCAGAAGGAUUCCAGGGCUCAGCUGAGUCUGGUGCAGCGGGCAGCUCUGAGCGUUUACUUAACCACAGGAGACUCAGGGGCCUCUGCCUGGAGGAAUGACAUAGAUGUGAGAAAGAUAAGAAUUUAAAAGGUAUUUUAAAAGUGUUCAGAGAGAGAAAAGGGUAGGGACUGGCUAAUUUUGAAUCCUUGAAUCCUGAAUUUAUAAGGAGAAUGCUUUGGGUCAUAGGAGGUUGCAGAUCCUGAUCUGGGUUUUGAAGAAAGUAAGAGAGCCCUGGGGCAUGAGGUAAUAGUAAGAAAAUCCUGCCCAAGGUCAGGCAAACCAUUUCCUGGAUGUGACCUGCUCCAGUAGGAGAAGCCGUAGAGCAAUUCUGAGUGAAGCAACGUAUUAGCACUGAGAUGCUGUUCCUUUUAAACACCACCUCCAAUGUGAGUCACGGUGGUGGAGUCAGACGUGUGUAUGUGUGUGAUGCAUAUGUCAAAGUCAUGUGUAAAGGGAAAGGAUUACGUCUCAGUAGUCUCUCCCUGAGACUGCACCUCUCAUCAGUGUCUGAGGAAUAACUCAAAUAGGCCAGAGGCUGGGUGCCAUGGAAUGUUGCCUUCUCAGUGGCAGAUUCCAUCUAAUCUGGCCAUCUGUCUGCCUUCAUUUUUCCCCCUAUUGGCGGUGGGAUAGGAGAGCGUCUUAUAGACACACAAAAAACUUGAGUCUAUUCACGUCUGGGAUGUUCAAGUCUAUUCAAGGCAGAGAAGAACUGGAAGGUAUCUUGGGUCUGUAUGUCAGUGGGGCGUCAAAAUCUUAGAUGUUGGCUAUGAAGGAUGGGGAUGUGAAUCAUGUGUUUAAUGGGAGGCAUCCAGAAUCCAGAAAUGUCAUAGAGAGGCAAGAACCUCAGGUUAGGACUACAGAUGUGAGGGAGGGGGAUUUGUUCUUCCUCGGCCCUUAGGGACAAAAGUGUCCUCUCAAACUGGUCAUGCUUGAGGCAUGUCACAUGUGCCCAGGUUGAAGACAGCCAGGAAUAAGAGUAGUCCUGAACACCAUUAGCUCUGAAUGGAAUCAUUAUCUACAUUUAAUCAAAAUAAUUAAAUGAGCCAAACAGAGAGCUUUGAGGCAGUUGCCAGAUCAUUUUGUAUUAGAAACUUGGGCAGGUUUUUAUAAAAGACGUUUGUGACUGAGACACAGAACGUGAGGUAGGUGUACUGAACUGGGCUCUGGGUGAAUGGAUGGGAACAUAUGAAGCUACCAGGGAAGAAUGGGAGGGAAGAAGUGAUCCUGAUUGUAUUUUCGGAGCUAAGCUGGAGAUGAAACAAAAUAUCCAGUGACCAAGAUAUUUUCAGACUAGGAAGGCAGCCAUAAAAAUAGGUAAAGACAAGUUGGAGCCCAAAUGUAAAGGCAAAAUCUGAAGAAAAAUGAACAAGCUUAGCUAUGUGGAAUUGAAUUAUGUAUGCCUUUUUGGUCAGUCUGGUUUUAAAAAUCUUAUUGUAGUUUUAAAAUAUUCAUUCUGAGGGUUAUAAAUAGAAUUAGAAAAAUGACCUAGCAAAGAAGUCUAUACUUCUCAUAUACAGAGUGUGCUAUUGACUUAAUAUUCGGUUGAAGGCAAGAUCCAUUUGCUGGAAUUUAUUAUUUAACAUGACUUAAGAACUUUACUUGAACUGAGCCAGAGGAUAGAGGCUAUGCAAUAUUAACUUUGGUAGACACUCUUCCUCUUAAAUAUUACAGUAUAGUGUUCACAGAGUAGGCUUUGACUAGCCUUUAUUAGGCUGACAAAAUUCUCCCUCUUUCCCAAACCCCACCGCCCUUUUCUCUCCAUCCCACCCCUCAACACAGAGUUAAAUCAACACCACUUAAGCCGCAUGGCAAUUUUGAGAUCUUUGCAUUUGUUAUUUAGUGUCAAAGGCAGGGAACUCCUGGUCCCCUAGAACAGUCUGGCCUUAGUUUUUCAUAUGACUUGUGGCAAUUCAAAUAUUUGAGAAUCUGUGCCUACAAAUAUGGUCAAAAGGGAUUUAAAGGUGAGUGACAGCAAGAAAACUGGUAAUCUGCUGCAAAGGUUAAGUACUCAAUUAUAAUACAAAGCAGUAUAUGAUCACAAAAGGGCAAGAGGAAAAUAUUAAAUAUCUUCUGUUUGCCAUGACAUCAUGUCCUUUUCCGAUUUCAUUAAAUGCCAAAAGGAAUUUCCUUAGGUGAGACUAGAGUCCCAAAAAUGUGAAUUUACUUGCCCCAGUUCGUAUAGCUUCUAAGAGGCAGAGCUGGGUUUUGAUCAGGUCUGAUUGUCUAUGCCUGUCUCCUUAGAGAGGUGUCUAAGGCACUGUCACUAAUGGAUGCCAAUGCUGUUUCUUCGUCCCUUUCUCUGUGUCCAUCAGGACAUCUGUGUUUAAAGGUCCCAUGGGAACCUUAGGUUCAUCAUGUCUGAGGCUGAAAACUCUUGCCUAUCUUGUGAAUAAUCUUAGCUACCAGAAAGAACGAAACAGAAGUGGGGCUUUCCUUGAUGCGCCCCUACACCCCCAUAUCCAGGUGAUGUCAAGUCCUCUCAUUCCACCUUCUUCUAGGCCCCUCUCGACCACCCUACAUCCAGCCUUCUCCAGGACUUCCCACAGAUUGCCUCAGCAGGCUUCAGUUGGCUCCACAGAAGGGCAUUUUCCAUCUUGCUUUCUCAGAAGGACUUGUCUAAAACAGGGAUCUGAUCAUCCUAAUUCUCUAUGCAGCUGCCAAGGGACCUACAGGAUAUACCCCAGAUACCUCGCGUGAUUUAAGUGGGAUCCUCAGGGUCUGACCCAUCUGCCAUCCUAGUCUUCUCCUGCACUAAGUCCUCCAAAUCCUUACCUCUCUCUAACUGAUUCACCUUCUGAUGAGCCUUUCUUUCUGCUUUCCACUGACUUUGUCCCCUCCCCCUUUCCUCUUCUGUCCCCCUUAGUAGCCCCUCCCAAAUGCUCGAUUAGCACCAAGUACUCUCCUGGCACUUAUCAGUGGCUGUCAUUGUUUCUCUCCCCGGGGCCACUAAGCCAGGAGGGGGCUAUGCCCCUUUGCCUCCCCAGCACGCCUCGCUGCGCCUGACACACAGAGGCACCCAGCAAGUGUCUUCUCACGAAUGAAUCAACAGAAGGAGAGUCUCCUGACUGCUCACUGUCUUUAAGCCACUUUCCUGCCCUUGGCGCUGGCUGGCCCCUUUGCUCUGCCUUUAUCACGGUGGUGUUUCCUGUGCCCAGUCCACGGCUGGCAUUUGCUCAGCCUAACAAGGUUUGUUGAGCUGAGCCCAUUUCCUUGUUGGUAAAGAGAGAGUACCAGACCCAAUGUCUGUGCUCUUGCAAUCCCAGAGUCGGGGUGAUUGAUAGCAGGCACCCUGGUCGUCGACCUCCCUGCGAAGAUAUAGAAUGUGGAUUUCUUUUACUGGCAGCACAAAGAGCUCAUUUGUACAGCAGUGUGUUGAAUACAGUGCAUUAUUACUGACAUUUGUAUUGGGUACAGUGCAGGGCGUGGAGUUUCUCUGAGACAAACACAGGAAUACUCAGAGAUAAUGUGAGCAGUAUCUCCAAAGUCCAGGCUGAGUCAUACGGUAGGUGCUGUUUGGAAUAUCUAGCCCGCCUGCCUUGCAGAUUCAAAUGCCUUGGACAGGAAGGUGAGCUGGCUGCCGAUCCUGCUGUGCUCCCUGGUUUGCUGUGUGGCCCUUGGUAGAACGUCAUGACAUGAAUACCUUAAGCCUGCCCCUGAACAUACGCCGAGGGGGGUCAGACACCAACCUCAACUUUGACGUACCUGAUGGCAUCCUGGACUUCCACAAGGUCAAACUCACUGCAGACAGCCUGAAGCAAAAAAUUCUAAAGGUAACGGAGCAGAUAAAAAUUGAGCAAACAUCACGUGAUGGGAACGUUGCAGAGUAUCUGAAACUAGUUAACAGUGCAGACAAGCAGCAGGCGGGACGUAUCAAGCAAGUCUUUGAGAAGAAGAAUCAGAAAUCAGCCCACUCCAUCGCCCAGCUGCAGAAGAAGUUAGAGCAGUAUCAUCGAAAGCUCAGAGAGAUAGAGCAGAAUGGAGCCCCCAGGAGCUCAAAGGACCUUUCCAAAGACCACCUGAAGGACAUUCACCGCUCUUUGAAAGAUGCCCACGUGAAAUCUCGAACUGCGCCCCAUUGCAUGGAGAGCAGUAAAUCGGGCAUGCCAGGGGUAUCACUCACUCCACCUGUGUUUGUUUUCAGUAAGUCCAGAGAGUUUGCCAACCUGAUCCGGAAUAAAUUUGGCAGCGCUGACAACAUCGCUCACUUGAAAAAUUCCUUAGAGGAGUUUAGGCCAGAGGCGAGUGCCAGGGCCUACGGGGGCAGCGCUACCAUCGUCAACAAACCCAAGUAUGGCAGCGAUGAUGAGUGUUCAAGUGGCACAUCAGGCUCGGCCGACAGUAACGGAAACCAGUCCUUCGGGGCUGGUGGAGCCAGCACACUGGAUAGCCAGGGGAAGCUCGCCGUGAUCCUGGAGGAACUGAGGGAGAUCAAGGAUACCCAAGCUCAGCUGGCCGAGGACAUCGAGGCGCUGAAGGUGCAGUUUAAGAGAGAAUAUGGUUUUAUUUCUCAGACCCUGCAGGAGGAGAGAUACAGGUAUGAGCGACUGGAGGACCAGCUGCAUGACCUGACGGAACUGCAUCAGCAUGAGACAGCCAACCUGAAGCAGGAGCUGGCCAGCAUUGAGGAAAAGGUGGCCUACCAGGCCUACGAGCGCUCGCGGGACAUCCAGGAAGCCCUGGAAUCCUGCCAGACUCGCAUUUCUAAGCUGGAGCUCCACCAGCAGGAGCAGCAAGCUCUGCAGACAGACACCGUGAAUGCUAAAGUUCUCUUGGGGAAGUGCAUCAACGUGGUCCUGGCCUUCAUGACAGUCAUCUUAGUGUGUGUGUCUACCAUCGCGAAGUUCGUCUCACCCAUGAUGAAGAGCCGCUGCCACAUCCUCGGCACCUUCUUUGCCGUGACUCUCCUUGCUAUAUUUUGUAAAAACUGGGACCAUAUCCUGUGUGCGAUAGAGAGGAUAAUAAUACCAAGAUGAAGCCACUGGUUCCUGCCUUCAAGUCCUUUCAAGUUUUGAUUUUAAAGAAAACUCUGUGCAUACUACCAAAUUUUUCAAUGAAUGAUUGUGCUGACUCGUGUGCAAAAAAACUAGGGCUGUGUGGUGUAUGUAAAUAACUACGGUUCUCUUAACUCGGGAGCAGUCGCCGACUCAGUCCUUGUACUUGGUUAACACGAAUCUGUUUGAGAGCUCUCCUACCUUGCUCACUGCCUUAAUCAGACCGAUUUCCUGCCCACCUGACUAGCCCAGCGUGGUAAACCUCUGUAUAUUGAGACCUUGGAAUAAUUGGGUGAUCCAGAAGAAAAGAGAUCUCUCUCUUAAGUCUUUGUCAGAAUUGAGCUUCACGAUUGCUAAUGGUUGUGUUUUCUGUGAGUCCUAUAAAGAGUAAGGAUAUGCAUGAUUCAGGGAAUGAAGAACCACAGGCUUGGGCAGUGUGAAACACUGUGGCCUAUGGAAACACAGGUCCCUGUGUGAUCCACCCCGCUUGUCUCCAGGUGACCGUAGGUCCCAUCUUGUACUCAGUGUCCGCAGCGGUCAGUCAUGUGUGACCCUGUAACAUGGAAAUCUUACCACACACCUGUUUAUCCAACAAGUCUACCUGAGGGGUAUUGUUACACUUUAAAUGGUAAGGCAUAGGGAUUUAUGAAUGGGGCUUUUUCCUUCUCAUACCCAGGCAACCGACACCUGAUUUUAUGUGAACU